AAUGGUGUAAAAAGAUAUGAGGUACUCAAAAAAUUUCAGUGUAAUAGUGCGUACAAAUUGUGCGUUGCAACGCAGCGUUUUAAAACGCAUAUAAAAAAACGUAAACGCAGCCAUGUAUAAAUUGAUGCGUUAACUUUUAUUUUUUCAAUAUGAAACAUUUAAAUUUAAAACAAAAAAAAUUACUUGCUUUGUAUUUACUACAAAGAAAUAAAGGAAGGAAGAAGAGCAAGACAUCCAAAAUAUUUGUUAAAAGAAAUCUUUUUUCAGAAUAUAUUAAUAUUAAAGGCGAUUUAACAAAUUCGCAAUUUUAUAACUAUACAAGAAUGAGAAGAGCAACAUUUUCUUAUAUACUGGAGCUCAUAUAUGAGGACAUUAAUCCAAAAGUUACUAACUGUAACAAACAAAUCGAUGCUGAGGAUCGUUUGUUUGUUACAUUAAGGUAAAAUAAAUUUAAUUAAUUAUUUAUAUAAUAGGUAUUUAAUAACUGGUGUAUAAUUUGCACAACUAGCUUAUAGUUCAAGGAUCUCAAAAUCUUGUAUAAGUUAUAUUGUGAAAUCAGUGUGCACAGCAAUUUGGAAUGCUGCUGCACAUAUUCACAUGUCUAAGCCUAAUAAAAAUGAUUGGGAAAAAAUUUCCCAGGAAUUCCUGCUUCAAUCAGGAUUCCCAAAUUGUAUUGGGGCUAUAGAUGGAAAACAUAUAUAUAUCAAGAGCCCUGCCAAUAGUGGCUCACAAUUUUAUAACUAUAAGCAUAGAUUUUCUAUUAACCUGUUAGCCCUAACAGAUAUUAACAGGAGAUUUAUUUAUAUAGAUGUGGGUGCAUAUGGAAAGCAAAGUGAUGGUGGUGUUUUUAGAAAUAGCUCUUUAUAUAGAGAAUUGAUGAACCAUACACUUAAUAUGCCUGCUACCAAACCAUUUCCAGGUUGUAAUGAGGCCAUGCCAUUUGUAAUGGUUGUAGACGACACAUUCCCUUUGUCAAAUUAUUUGAUGAAGCCCUACCCCAAAAGAAAUCUGACAACAGAAGAAAGGGAAUAUAACAUGAGGCUGUGCCAUGCUCGAGUAAGUGUAGAAAGAAGCUUUGGUGGAAUAGUCAAAAAAUUUGACAUUCUAAGUAAGCUAAUAGAAAUAGGACUACCUAGCAUAGAGAUAGUGAUAAAGGCUAUUUGCAUCCUACAUAACAUUAUCAUCAACAAAGAAGGAUCAGCUUCCAUUGAUGAUAUAGAUCCUACAUUGGCUAACCUUACAACAAGACCAUUUUUGGCAAGCAGGGAAAACAACUCAAGCUCACAGGAAUCUAAAAUCAUUAGGGAUAAAUUUAAAAAUUUUAUAAAUUCUUAAAUUUUUAUAUUAUAAUAAAU